CCAUAGUCUGUGAAAGACGUCUCCUCCUUGUCCUCGUCUACAACUCCUCACAACAUCAAAGAAAGCUGGAGAGAAGGAGUGCGGGAAGGAGGGGUCUGCCUUGUAUCUGGGUUCUGAUGGAGAAGACGGUGGAGGAGAGGGGGAGGGGCAAAAGAGAUUGUGUGUGUGUGUGUGUGUGUGUGUGUGAGAGAGAGAGGAAGCAGGUAUGGAGGGAGGGAAACAAGAGGAUGAGAGAGGAAUGAAGCCAACCAACCAGCUGAAAGAGAACGAGCGAUUGGGGCUGUUUGAACGUGGCAGGGAGAAAAGGAGGGAGGAGGGAGGGAGAGAGAGAGAGAGAGAUCGAUUGUCAGAACCGAGGAAAUAGAAGUGUUACUAUUGCACGGCCACUGGAACGGUGUCUGCCCGCUGAGGAUAUGCAUUGGCUCCCAGCGCUCACCGGCUCGCAGGACACGCUCUAAAAUGUAAUUUCCAAAGGCCUAAUUGUUGCCACGGUGAUUUAUUUUCCUCCAUUUCAUUUUUCUUUCUUUUUUUGUUUUAUCUGCCUUCUCUAUCUCCUCUCCUUCUCUUUUUGUCGUUGUUGUAUUUUUUCCCCCCUUUUUUUUUUUACCAGCUGCUGGAUUUUCCCCUUCGUUUAUAACUGCUGUCAUUCUCUCCAUUUACAAAGGAGGGAUCUACAAAUACAGGCAACCACAGUAAGACAUGUGUCUCUGGGGAUGAUGCCGUUGCCGCUGGUGCCACUCUCCCUGUCGCCAUGACAAUGCCGCUCAGCCCCCUCUCCAGCGACGAGGAGCAGCAAAGGAUGCUGGGAAACAGUCAACACCUUUAUCCAGGGGCGGAAGAGGAAGAGGAAGAGGAGGAGGAGGAAGAAGAGGAAAUGGACGAUGACGGCGUGGACGAGGAAGGCGAGGAGGAGAACGGAGAGCUGGAGUUGGAUGAUGAAGAGGAGGUGGACGAUGAAGAUGACAUCAGGCGAGGACCAGGGCGUUCGAGAGGAGGCAGGGAAGAGGGGCACAGGCAAAAAGGCACAAUGGCUGGACGACUCCCAGGAGACAGACCGCUACGACCUGGCAACCCGGGCCACGCGGCCAACCCUUAUUCGUCCAACCCUGGACCCACCCACCAAACUCCGGCUAAUCAGCAGCAGCAGCAGCAACAGCAGCGGAAGCUACGAGAGCGGAGUUCAAGCAACGCACCUGACGACACACACAUAGCUAUGAUGGUCUUUCGGAUUGGCAUUCCUGAUAUCAAACAGACGAAGUGUCUGAGGUUCAACCCUGAUGCAACCGUAUGGAAGGCGAAGCAGCAGGUGUUGUGUAGUCUAACUGAAUCUCUAAGGGAUGUUUUAAACUAUGGCCUUUUCCAACCUGCUACUGACGGGCACGAUGCCAAGUUCCUGGAGGAAGAGAGGCCGCUCCGCGAGUACCCACAAUCCUUUGAGAAAGGAGUACCCUACCUGGAGUUCCGCUACAAAACCAGGGUGUACAAACAGACAAAUCUAGAUGAGAAACAGCUGGCCAAACUACACACUAAGGCCAGUCUGAAGAAGUUCAUGGACUACAUCCAGACCGGCGCUGUGGAAAAGGUAGCCAAACUUGUAGACAAAGGACUUGACCCCAACUACCACGACCCUGAUACAGGAGAGACCCCACUCACUCUGGCCGUACAGACUGAGCCGGGCGGAGGGGAGAACAUCAGAGUGCUGGUGAUGGGGGGAGCUCACAUUGACUUUAGGGCAAAGGAUGGCUUGACCCCUCUCCACAAGGCCGUCAGAGCACAUGGACACACUGCGCUACUGACGCUGUUGUCUUUGGGGGCAUCUCCUGAUUAUAAGGACCGCCGUGGGCUCACACCCCUUUACCACACUGUGCUGAUAGGGGGCGACACCUCCUGCUGCGAGACCCUCCUGUACCACAGAGCCAAGCUGGGGCUCCGUGAUGAGAAUGGCUGGGACGAGACCCAUCAGGCUUGUCAAAAUGGGAACUCUCAACACUUAGAGCACCUACUUUUUUACGGUGCGGAUUCCUCAUCCCAGAACGCCUCAGGAAACACUGCCCUGCACAUAUGUGCUUUAUAUAACAAGGAGAGCUGUGCCCGAAUUCUGUUGUAUCGAGGAGCCAAUAAGGACACAAAGAAUAACAGUGGGCAGACCCCCUUCCAGGUGGCUGUGAUGUCUGGUCAUUUUGAGCUGGGAGAAAUCAUUAAAAACCAUCGAGAAUCAGACGUAGUUCCAUUUUUGGAGUCUCCGAAGUACGCCCCCCAGAGGAGGGAGAGUUCACGUACUCUUGGAUUGCCCCAUCCUCACCCCUUUAUGAGGGCCAACAGUGACAACAGCAUGAACGUACCAGACUGGAUCGCCUUUCCCAAUGCUGCUGGAUCAAACAUUGUCUCCGUGCAGGGUCUAAAGCAUGGCGGCACCUUGCGUAGCUCCAGCAGUCCCCGUGGAGCACGAACCCGUUCCCCGUCCCGUGGCCGAACAGGUGACAGAGACGAUCGGAGCCGGCAAACACGUGGAAGACAAGGGGCGGGCUCCAUCAGUAGUCAGGGCACAGCAAGCGGGCAGCGGCGGCGUCUCUACAGUGCCGUGCCUGGCCGUGUGUUUGUGGCCACCCGCUCGCACACGGCCCAGGGGGACCGCGAGAUCAGCUUCAACAAGGGAGACAAAGUCAAAGUGCUGAGUGUGGGUGAAGGAGGCUACUGGGAGGGGACGGUUCGAGGGCGCACGGGCUGGUUCCCCUCUGACUGCGUGGAGGAGGUGGCUCUCCGCAGCCUAGAGACUCGUUCAGAGAGCCGCAGUGAGAGAGCCAAGCGACUCUUCCGACAUUACACCGUUGGAUCCUACGACAGCUUUGACGCGCCCAGUGACUACAUAAUCAAGGAGAAGACAGUCCUCCUGCAGAAAAAAGACAAUGAGGGUUUUGGCUUUGUCCUGAGAGGAGCCAAGGCUCAGACCCCUAUAGAAGAGUUCACUCCCACCCCAGCCUUUCCAGCACUGCAGUACCUUGAGUCUGUCGACGAGGGAGGCGUGGCUUGGAGAGCUGGUCUGCGAAUGGGAGACUUCCUUAUCGAGGUGAAUGGUCAGAAUGUGGUUAAGGUGGGACACAGGCAGGUGGUCAAUAUGAUCAGGCAAGGUGGCAACAGUCUCAUGGUCAAGGUUGUCAUGGUUACCCGGAAUCCUGAUAUGGAGGAAGGGGUCAGAAAGAAAAUCCCACAGCAGAGUAAAAGACUGAGCACACCGGCUAUCGCUCUACGCUCCAAAUCCAUGACAUCAGAAUUGGAAGAGAUGGAAGUUCCACACUGUCACUACCAGCACCCCCACUACAGGUAACCCCCCAAAAACUGUCCCCUCCCAACCUUUAUAUCCCCCCUGCCUUCCACCUUAUCCCUUAAUCCUCCACCUGCAACCCCUGUUAGCUUUAACCCUAAACCUAAAACACCUCCUUUAAGGUCAUACACCUCUGGCUGUCAGAGAAAAACGUUCCUGAGCACUGCUCGUGUUGCUGUUGUAACACAGCAGGCGAUGGGCAUUGCUAGAGAGGUGCAGUAUGUGCUGGCCCAAAGUGUCACCAUCACUUACAGUCAUUUAGUUCAAUCGGGCUUCUAUAACAUAAGUGGAAUCAGACUAAUCAUUUCAACGGUCCACCUUUAAAUCGAUGUAUUAUAUACACCUUCCCCUAUCAACUUUCAAAACCUAAAUCACCCUGCCUUACCUUUGUAGUCCAUUGAGGCAUGUUUUACCCUUCUCCCUUCUCUUCAGCCCCAGCAAUAUUCUCAGAGCUCACAGCCCGCUUGUGGCACUGUGUCUACUGUAAGGUGCUCAACGCUCUCCUCAGCCCAGUCUCCAUCAUUCAGUACUCAGGGUUAGUGUGAGGGUAAUGCAAUUCAGUAAUAGUGAGUACUGAUUAAAGCCCUCAAUCAAAAUGGCUGGCUUCUAUGCAGUUUCUGGAAAUCUGGAUGUACAGGUUUUAAUCAGUCCAUCAGGAAACAUAGUAGUGUUUACAACAAACACUUCUAAUCAAGAACUGAUGUUGCCAUUUUGCCUAGUUUGUGGUAUCUUUACAAGAUAUUUUGUUCUAGGCACUUAGUAGCAUGUAAACGGGAUAUGUAUUUAGUACACAGCUAUAUAUUUAGUAGAGAUGGACAAUAUAUCGGCUGUCAUUGAUAUCUGUCCAAUAAGUAAAAUAGCCCAAUAUAUAUGCAAAACUGUUCAAAAGUUUGGUGUCAGUAAGAUUUUUUUCAAAGAAAUCAAUACCUUUAUUCAGCAAGGAUGUGUUAUUCAACAAAAGUUUUCAAAAUGCAUCAGACUUUAUAUUUCAAAUAAAUGCUGUUCACAUUUUCAAUUCAUCAAAGAAUUCUGGAAAAAAUGUGCCAGUUUCCACAAAAAUAUUAAGCAGCAUAACUGUUUUCAACAUUGAUAAUAAUAAGAAAUGUUUCUUAGGCACCAAAUCAGCAUAUUAGAAUGAUUUCUGAAGGAUCAUGUGACACUGAAGACUGGAGUAAUGAUGCUGAAAAUUCAGCUUUGCUAACUUGGUGAGCAUGAGAGACUUUUCUCAAAAACAUUUAAAAAAUAUUACUGACCCCAAACUUUUGAAUGGUAGUGUAAGUGAAUAAAUUAUAGGCAAAUGAUCAUAGGAUGCCACAGUAUUUAUAGGUGGACUACCUAUUAAUAAACUGCAAUAAAAUAAAAUGUUUACUCAAAGCCUGCGAGAUUUUUUUUUUAUCCAUGCACGCAGGCAUCUUGUUUCUUUAUUCUUCUUAAUUCUAUUAAUGAAAGUUAUAUUUUCCCAUUUAGCUUUUAUUAAAAAACGUUGGCCAUGGGUAUGUAUAAUUUCUUUAUUUCCAGUGGUUAAAAGCUCUACAUUUGUAUAUCUUAUAUUGGCCAAUAAAUCAGUUAUUAAGUUCAAAAUAUAUGUAAUUAUCAGUAAUUGUUAUCUACCAAAAGUUCCAUAUCUGUGCAUCUCUAAUAUUCAUCUUAUGUUUUCAGACAAUGUUUUCCGCAGUUCCAUUUACUGCUGUGCCAAUAUUUGAACGAAUUACCACUUUGUUGCACACCAGUUUAUUAUUGUGGUGUCACAUGAAAAUCAAAGUGUGGUUGGUGUGCUAUUUAGAUCCAGACGUUAAUGUCAGAAGUCUGGAGACUAAUGUAGGGCAUAUAAUAGUAAUGCACGUCUGCUGUUACAUUUAUCACUGUUCAAGUUAAUACUCAUUAUGAUAACCUGAUCAGUGUGGUUUUGAUGUGUUACUGAUAUAUCUUCUCAGUGUACUGAAGGUGUCUCAGGUGUUUAAUAUGUGCAGGUAUAAUGUUAUCUCAUACCAUGUGCCUAAUCAGAUGCAGCAAUUUAAUGUGAGUGAAGAGCCCUUACCUUUUUAGAUGCUCUCACCUUUCCACCUGGUGCAGUGUCCCACCUCACUGGCUGCCAUGCUCUAAAGAUAACCGAGAUUGCGCUGGCAUUAAUGUCUCGCUGCACAGUUACCUUAUAAAAAAGGCAGUUAAAUGAAAACAUCUCUACGAAGACAAAAGGGUAGAUGAUUAGUCUUUACAGGCAAGCAGAUCGACCCCUCCUCUAAUUCCCCCGGAAUCCCUCAGCUUUAUAUGCACACAGAAACACUUACACACACACACAUACACUCCCUACAAACUCACUUGUGGCUUUUUGAACCUUUCCUUCACACUUUUGUCGCACAGGUUGUUUUUUAAUGAUUGAAGCCCUAACUAAUCUGUCUUGUAACCUCCCUGAUCUUUUUUCUGUCCUGGCAUUCCAUACACAGUGGACAGAGCCUCUGCCCCAUGGAAAAAAAAAUCAGAGUUCGAGUCUUCACAAGCUACAGAGAAGAAGAGGACAGUUUAUCAGAUGGCUUUGA